GUCUCUACCUGGUCUCGGGCUAUUCACAGAAGCAGCCGACGUCGAAAAAUCGAUUCGUACGCCCGACAAGAAUGAGCGAGCUGAGCGACGCCGAGAUUGCCGAGAUUCGGCAACAAUUCGAAGACUUUGAUGCCGAUAAGAACGGCCAUAUAACGGUCACCGAGAUCCGCGAAGUGAUGAAGGCGUUGGGCGAAGACCCGCCCGCCUACAAGAUUCGCGACAUGGUGAAAGAGGUCGAUCUCGACGAGAACGGCACGAUCGAAUUCAACGAGUUCCUCAAGAUGUAUGACCAAGUACGCGGUGCCAAGCCUAAGUACAAGCUCGAGGCAGUUGCCGAGAAACAAAAGAAAGUCAUGAAGAUGGGAGGCACAACGGAGGCAUCGGCUGCUGGCACAACUCACUCUUUCACCGAGGAUGAGUCGCUGGCUUUUAUUGAUUGGAUCAACUUCCAGUUAUCCGGAGAUCCAGACUUGAAGGGGCAUUUGCCAAUUGCCGAAGACCAAGACGAUUUGUUCAAGAAACUGCAUGAUGGAAUUGUGUUGUGUAAACUGAUCAACAACUCGGUGAAAGACACGAUCGACGAGAGAGCGAUUAACAAGACAAAGCUCAAUGUGUACACAAUCAAUGAAAAUCAGACGCUUGCGUUGAAUUCUGCGUCUGCCAUUGGUUGUAAUAUUGUCAACAUUGGAGCAGAGGAUUUGUCUCAAGGAAUUCCUCAUCUUUGCUUGGGCAUUUUGUGGCAAGUCAUUAGGAUUGGUCUCUUGGCUAAGAUUAACCUUCAGAACUGUCCUGGCUUGGCACGUCUUCUUGAAGAAGGAGAGGAUAUUGAAGAUUUGUUGCGUCUUUCUCCAGAAGAGAUUCUUCUGCGUUGGUUCAACUAUCACUUAAAGGAGGCCGGUUCAUCAAGAAGAGUGCACAACUUUUCUGGUGACAUCAAGGAUUCCGAGUGCUACACACUUCUCUUGAAUCAAAUAGCUCCUCCUAGCGCUGGAGUGGAUCUUUCACCAAUGAGACACAGUGACCUUGAACAGCGUGCCGAAUCCAUGCUGCAGCAGUCAGACAAGAUUGGAUGCCGUGUAUUUAUCAGACCACGAGACGUUGUGCGAGGCAAUGCAAAACUAAAUUUGGCUUUCGUUGCCAAUCUCUUCAACAACCAUCCCGCAUUGGAGCCUCUGGAAGAUCAGCCAGAGAUUGAAAUUGAAGAGACGAGAGAAGAGAAAACAUACCGCAACUGGAUGAACAGUCUCGGCGUAAAACCAUUCGUCUACAGACUCUACCAAGACCUCAGCGAUGGCGUUGUCCUUCUCCAGCUGUUUGACAAGGUGUUUCCCGGCACUGUUGAUUGGUCGAAAGUGAAUCAACCGCCAUAUAAGAAGAUGGGUGCUAAGAUGAAGAAAAUUGAAAAUUGCAAUUAUGCUAUUGAGAUUGCUAAGGUGUGCAAGCUGUCUGUCGUUGGAAUUUCUGGGGAUGACGUUCACUCGGAGAACAAAACACUGACGCUAGCUGUGGUGUGGCAGAUCAUGCGAGCCUACACACUUCAGAUACUCCAGAAACUUUCCGGGUCAAGCAAACGAAUCGAAGAUGCUCAAAUUGUUGAAUGGGCCAACUCAACACUGUCUGCAGCUGGCAAGUCGACGGCAAUUUCUAGCUUUAAAGAUCCCGCUAUAGCCACUGGUCGUGCCAUCAUUGAUCUGGUGGAUGCCAUUAAGCCUGGAUCAGUUAAAUAUGAUUUAGUUAACCAGGGGCAAACAGAAGAGGACAAGAUGCUAAACGCAAAGUACGCCGUCUCAAUGGCACGAAAAAUUGGCGCCAGAGUGUACGCCCUGCCUGAAGACAUCGUGGAAGUGAAUCAGAAGAUGGUUCUCACAGUGUUCGCCUGUUUGAUGGCACGUGGCCUCGAGACCAAGAAGUAAUAGAUCGGUUAUAAUGCAGCUUAGUUUGUUGAACUCAGGACUCAAUGUACUGUCUUGUGUGUCGUUUUCUAUUGCAUGUGUGUGGGUGGUUUUCUGACUGUCAGAGUGGUUUGUGUUGAUUUUUUCCGAGGACGAUCGGACGGUUGAUGUUUGUUGAGGUUUGUUGUUGUGGGAUUCAUAGAUAUGCUAGACAUGUGUGAGCAGCUAAUCUCGUGGCAAAUUUCGUCUGUAGUGUGUGUCGAGUGAUUGAAACUGUAGGUUACUUUGAUGUUGAUUAAUUAAUUGUAAACGUUUGCUUUUGGUCUGUUCA